GUAUUACUAUGGAAAACCAACUUUGAUUCAUUUGAUUAUAAAGAAGUUCUUAAACACCAUGUUAGAAGAACACAUAUUGAUGAUCCUCCUCAUCUUCUUGAUAUUUACCCGAGGUCACCUCAUCUCCAUGAUGAAAAGCUUCAGUCAGUUGAGGUCAACCCUGCCUUUGAUGUGAUUAAUACACAAACACUUGACCCACCUGUCAUAGAGAUUAGUUCCUCUUCAUCUUUCGGUACUCAAGAUGAUGUCAGUAGUGAAGAUCUGCAGUAUCCUUCUGCUUCAGUCUUGGCAACAAGUUCAAAAAGGAGGUCAGAGAAUGGGAGCGAAUCAGCCACACAUAAUGCAGACAAGCAAACAGGCAUCUCCCCCUCCCUGGGUAGUGCUUUGGAGCACAUUGUGGAGCAGCUGGAUGUUUUAACUCUAACUAUUUCAAUCCUGGAACAACGUCUGACUUUGACUGAAGAUAAAUUGAAAGAAUGCUUAGAAAAUCAGCAAAAAAUGUUACUUCAGGGAAGACAGGAAGAAUAA